UUGUAUCCCUCCGCCGCCGUCGAGUUGUACAGGGGAAAAACAGCUGCGGCAUGCUAAAGCUAGCUAGUUGUUAGCUAGUCCUUGUUGUCGCGUGUGUGUCAGCGAUUUCUCGACGUGAUAAAAAAACGACUUUUCGUCUUGUCAUCGUAUCUAAACAUGAAGUUCCAAUACAAAGAAGAGCAUCCUUUUGAGAAAAGGCGGUCCGAAGGAGAGAAAAUAAGGAAGAAGUACCCGGAUAGGGUUCCUGUUAUUGUGGAAAAGGCGCCCAAAGCCAGAAUAGGCGACCUGGAUAAGAAGAAAUAUCUUGUCCCCUCCGACUUGACAGUGGGCCAGUUUUAUUUCCUCAUCCGAAAACGAAUCCACUUGAGAGCCGAGGACGCGCUCUUCUUCUUCGUAAACAACGUCAUUCCCCCCACCUCGGCCACCAUGGGGCUCUUGUACCAGGAGCAUCACGAAGAGGACUUCUUCCUCUACAUCGCCUACAGUGACGAGAGCGUGUAUGGCAAUAACUACAGCCAAAGGGAAAUAUGAUCCCACGGAAGCCCCGCUCACGCCCCCACCUCACCCCCCCCAACCUAUACAUACAUUCAUUUAAAUAUUCAAGCUUAGCUCAGCAGCUGUAGAGUUCAUGUCGCCUUCCACUUUUCUCUGCUCUAAUUUGAUGGCCAGUUUCUAAGCAUCAUAAUCCAAAAUACAA